AUGGAUCAAGAAUUAAGCCCAAACCGAGAAGGAUUCCGCCUAAUCUCGUCCCAGUUGAAAUUGCUAAAGGAAGCUACCCACCUCUGGGACGUCUGCACGGCAGAAGUUUCGAAUCCCCAUCUAAGGUUCAGGAUUUCCGGCCCAGUAGCCGAUGUAAUCAAACGUCAGCUCACGGUGGUCACUAUGUCCCAGUGGAGCUCUAAUUGA